AUGUAUGGGAGCCGGUAUGAUGGAGGCGGGUUUGGCGGCAGCGGUGCAAGCGGCGCCGCCUACACGUACACGUACUCGGACGAGGGCGAGGGUGGGGCCGGCGACGUGUCGUACUCGUACUCGUACUCGUACGUGGAGACGGUGGAUGACGAGGGCUCUUACUACACAGAGGCCGAGGGGCUUGAUCCGGAGCGUGAUUUGCAGCGGCUAGCGCUGGAUGAUCUGUAUGCGCAGCUGGAGGAGGCCGUGGUCGAGACGCCCAACUAUCUACUUGCGCUUGCGGUUGUCCGAGCGCUCGCCCUCGUCGACGCGUCGGAUGCGUAUGGCGCAGCAGCGUUUAUGGCGCUGGCCGAAGACGGCUCGCGGCAGGUGGUGUCUGGGCUAGCGCGAAUGACUGGGCUGGAGACGCCUGUAGUCCGCGAUCGGGCGCUGAUAGCGGCAAGAGCGGCGUCAAGUUCGGAGGCGAGCUCGGCCGGAGGAGGCCCGGUAGCUGCGGCGUCGACGGCGAGGGAGCGGUUCCCGCCGCUUGUCCACCCGGAGAACAAGCAGGUCGGUGCUCGAUCGCGAAAUGGCUGA